UUUCCUCCCUCUUUCGUGUAUCCAGUGGCGACGUGUCACAUCUUAAUUGUCGCAGUGGCAGCCCUCGGAAACCUCAUAGUUUGUUACGUAAUAAUCGCUAACAAAAGUCUCCGAAGCAGCCCAACAAAUUUGUUCAUUUUCUCGUUGGCGUUCUCGGAUCUUCUUACUGUAACACUAGCAGUGCCAUUUGACAUAGAAGGCCUUUUCCUUAACUGGGCUUGGAAACAUGGAGAAAUGAUGUGCGAGGCGUGGAUUACCGUUUACCUUAUCACUGUACCCACGUCCAUUUUGACCCUUUUGGCCUUGAGCGUGGAUCGUUACAAGAGUCUUGAAGAUCCCUUGAAUCGAUUUCGCCGCUUCCGAUUCAUGACACGAAAGAAAGCUUUAAUCGUCAUUUCUGUCAUCUGGCUUUACAGUUUGGUUUUUGCUUUACUUCCCGUCUUGGGAUGGAGAACAUAUGACGAGUUUGUUUAUAAGGGAAUCUGCUACUUUCCUUUCACAGAGAUUUACUCUACUCUCAGUUCUUGUUUAAAUUUUGUUAUCCCAUCACUAAUCACAUGUGGUAUUUACAUUAAGAUUUACGUCAUAGCCCGCUCUCAGAGCAGCGCUUUUGAUAAAGAGAUCUCACGAAAAAUGCUUUCAACAGAAGCCUGUUCGCGAACACUGCGUUCUAGUAAAGAAAAGAGAGUUUAUUUAAGAAACGUCCAAGCGGCCAAGACUAUUUCCAUCUUUGUAGCCGUGUUUUUCUUUUGCUGGGUUCCUCACUCUUCCAUUAGCAUCACUGCCAAUCUUUGUAAAUCAUGUCAAGCUAAAAUCCCAGAUGAAGUUCGAGUUAUAUUUGUGAUGUUUGGUUACCUAAACUCUGCCCUCAACCCAUUUCUUUUCGCCUUUCGAAACAGAAGAUUUAAG